UUUCGGGGGAGAGUCGUGGUUCGACGCAGUUGACACUCAUUCUGCAGGAGAAGCUUCGCCCCGCGGACAGGAACUCCUCCACAAGCGUCCCCGUCGCGUUGAUCAGAGGAAAAGUGCGUGAGAGGAUGAAACUGAUGCUGCUGCUCGUCGUCGUGUGGUGCCUCGCCGUGCACAGCGGGAGAGGGGCACCGCAGACUGCUGUCUAUAAGUUGGUAAAAUGUAACCCAGAGGGUGACCAGGCGAACUGUGUGACCCACCAAAGUCCAGAGAUGGCGUGGAGUCCGGACCUACCAGCCAAACUGCCUGCUUCGACGGCACAGCAUCUUGAGCUAGUGCCUGUGGAGGACGAAGGUCCCCAGAGAGAGGAGGACGAGGUGGAUCAGAUGGUAGAGGAAAUGUCAAUGAUCGGUGAAGAGGGGGAGUCACCUGUGCCCGAGGAAGGCUCUGGUGUGUAUGAAGGCUCUGCAUCUGAAGGUCCCUUCAUUGCGGACCGCGCCUUUGUUACUGCUGAAAGUGAGACAGGCUCUGGGGAGUCCUGGAAAGUGAAUGACAUGGAACGAAACCAAGGUGGGGACGUGAGAGGCUUGAGGCGGUUGCUCCGCAGCAGGUCUGUGGUUGGUGAGGCAAAACCAGCCGAGCAGGAGUUGAGAGACGACCACCUACUGCAGAUGUAGACAAAACACACACACACACACACACACACACACACACACGCACACACACACGCGCACGCACACACACACACACACACACACACACACACGCACAGAGAGAGAGAGAGAACAGUAUCGAUUUUAUAUUCAUCCUGUCCAUACAAAGAGUAAAUUUUAUCACCACCUGGUGGUGGAAAAACUCAAAGACUGAUAAAUGCUAACUAUCUCUUUUUUAUUCUCAGUAUUAUUGAUGGUGAUUAUUCUCUUCAACAAUGAUUCCAAAAUGUAAAAGUAUCUGCCAAAGUUUAAUAAUGCACAAAUGAGACAUAUACACACUUCAGUUCAUGUUGGCAGUGUCCUAUAUUUGUGCUUUCCUUUGAGGUGUGUAAAUUGGAAAAUGCCUCUUAAUAUAAAUGAUAAAAUAUGACUUUGAAUAAUGGUAGUACCUGUGCAAUACGAUGACCCAUUUGUCCAAGCAUUGAUCACUCAAUGGAGAUGUGGUUCACAAAAGAAAUAGACGUAUUUAUAUUAUUCAAUCCCAUUUGUGUUAAAUGUUGUGACACUUACCCAGGAGUGUUAUUCAUAUAUAUCUUGGGAACUUCUAGUCUGCAAGAAAAUCUUGCAAACCCAAACCCCUCAGGAAUGGAUUUAAGCAAUCUUAAACUCACUGUGAGCUGGAAAAUGUUCAAAAUAUGUGUAAUGCACAUACUCUGUGUUGUCUAAUUUGCAUUUGAAAUUCUUCUAUUAAUAAAAGAUUUACAACA